GACAAAAUCUGUUAUUCCGGUGAGUUUACCAAUAAAAUGAGAAACUAUAUUAAUCCUCAUAUUAUAUUUUUCUCUUGAUACCUGCUGCCGGAUUCUAUCUUAUCACCGGUCCUCCACCACCACAUAACCUCACCGGAGCUCUGAACCUGUCUUCCAAUGGCGAUAACCACUACAACUGCAUCUUCUCCUCUCUUCAGCAUGAACCUCAACGACUCUCUCUCCUCUGCACACUGUCCUCCACUUCUCUGUUCGCUCCCACACCACCGUCCCCACCUAGCCGGAAAAUUUAGGGUUUCCACAACUUCAGUUCGCCCAAAACCCUAUGUACCUAAACCCCCAAUGUUCUCUGUUUCUUCUGGAGCUUCUCAGCCCAUGGUUCCUCCUUACAAUGUUCUCAUCACCGGUUCCACUAAAGGAAUAGGUUAUGCCCUAGCUAAAGAGUUUCUGAAAGCAGGUGAUAAUGUUAUAAUAUGCUCAAGGUCUGAUGAACGAGUUGAAUCAGCUCUCCAGACGUUAAGGGCGGAAUUUGGAGCUCAACAUGUGUGGGGUACAAAAUGUGACGUUAGGGAUGGAAAUGACGUUAAAAAUUUAGUUAAAUACGCACAAGACAACCUACAAUACGUUGAUAUAUGGAUAAAUAAUGCAGGAUCAAAUGCAUAUAGCUAUAAGCCUCUGGCAGAGGCUUCAGAUGAAGAUCUCAUAGAAGUUGUGACUACAAACACACUUGGUUUGAUGAUUUGUUGCCGGGAGGCAAUGAAAAUGAUGCUAAACCAGCCUAGAGGCGGCCAUAUAUUCAAUAUUGAUGGAGCCGGUUCCGAUGGAAGACCGACCCCCAGGUUUGCUGCAUACGGAGCAACUAAGCGUAGCGUGGUGCAUUUAACAAAAUCAUUGCAGGCGGAGUUGCGGAUGCAAGAAGUAAGCAAUGUUGUUGUCCAUAACUUGUCGCCAGGAAUGGUUACAACUGACCUACUCAUGUCAGGUGCCAACACAAAGCAGGCAAAAUUUUUCAUCAAUGUUUUGGCGGAACCAGCAGAUGAGGUUGCAAAGUACCUUGUCCCGAAUAUCAGGUCCAUACCGACCAGUGGAUCAACAAGGCCAACAUACAUUCGUUUUCUUACGGGAUUAAAAGCUUACUCCCAGAUAUUCUCUAGAUUGGCUUUUGGAGCUAGAAGGAAUAGAUAUUUGGUUGAAGAGUGAUUGAUGUCUUUGCAUUUCUCCAAGGAUACAAUACAAGUUAUAAAUAUGUAUUGUUUAUUGCAUUUGUUCUAUAGAUGAUUCUAAUAUCUAUCUUUAUAUUUAUUUUAAUUUUUUUAUAUUA